CGUGCCCCAUCAUUGGUGUCAGUGGGAGGAAUAGUGCCCCAUCAUUGGUGUCAGUGGGAAGAAUCGUGCUCCAUCAUUGGUGUCAGUGGGAGGAAUAGUGCCCCAUCAUUGGUGUCAGUGGGAGGAAUAGUGUCCCAUCAUUGGUGUCAGUGGGAGGAAUAGUGUCCCAUCAUUGGUGUCAGUGGGAAGAAUUGUGCCCCAUCAUUGGUGUGAAAAUUUCGGCCAAUAAACGGUCCGUCUAUGGCCUGCCUUAGCCACUUGGAUAGUGGGAGCUAAGUACUUAGUAGGAAAAGUUCUCCAAAUGCUGGCAGUAAGGACAGAGUAGAGAUCUUUGUUGAUGAUAAAUAUUUUUCAAUAUUGCAACAUAAUGUGUUGUGAGGGUGAGAACCAAUG